AUGGCGAUGCAAUUCACCGGCCUUCAGGUAUGCUGAAACUUGACGUACACAUGUUGCAUCUUCUAUUUUAAGGUGGUUUCCUGGAUACUGCUCCUGGUUGGCACGGGAAUGCUCAUCAUCUCCCUCGUCUCCGAUUAUUGGUCCAUUCAUCAACCUCGAAAUCAAAUGGGUGAUUGUCAAGAAUGAAAAUAUGGAUAUAGGAGCUGUGAGGAUGAGAAUCUCUUAAAUUUUCAGACAACCUUCAAAUGCACCGUGGAGUUCUUCGUCAGUGCAUCACAACUCGCCACUACGGAAGCUGCAAUUUCCGUUUGUCGAGCAUGUUCAAACAACUGCGGAACUUCAUGGAUGGAUACGAUAUGUACUCGGAGAGAUCCAUGUACAGACAUCUUCCAACUCAGAGUGAGAAAAAAAAAGAAUUUACGAGUAGAAAACACCAGAUCCACUUUUUUUCAGCGUAUGAAGUAUUCGUCGCUCUCUUCUUGGCCAUAUCCUGCAUGGUUGCCUCAACAGUUCUUCUCUUCGGUCCGUUCUGUUGCCAACGCUGCAAACCGUCGACAACUCUUCUGAUCUUCAUCACCGGCGUGUUCUCUGGAUCGGGAUGUCUUAUCUAUUGGAAUUCGAACCGCGAGGGGAAAACUUUCACCCUCCAGCAAUUGCAAUUCCAAGACGUGUACCAUUACGAUUACGUGAGUGAAAAAAGUUAUGCAUGCAUCCGGAUCUCAAAGAUAUAAUUGAAGGGAAGCGACAUAAAUACAUUGUCGUGGUCUUUCUGGAUGGCCGUUACCAGCACCGGCAUUCUUCUCUGCUCCGCUUUCCUGCUUUGUCAGUUUUUCUUCUCAUCACUCCGAAACUCCAAAAACCACUUUACAUUUCAGGCGUCUCCUCCCGCGUGGACCCGGAUGUCGAGUUUGAGAACCCGCCAGCGACCGAAGUGUAA